UCAAAUUUACAACUUCGUAUUGCGUGGUACGAAACAUAAACAUAACCUCAAAUUGUUAUCAAAUAUAGCGGGGGAGCAAACAAAACUCACGUGUUUGUUUCUCCCCGAAAAAUGCAAAUAAAUUGAAGUAGAAAAUACCAAAAUGAGUAAGUUGUAUGUGUUGUACGAACACAGCGCGGGCUUCGCGCUGUUCAAAGUGGCGGAGUUUGAGGAGUUGGCAGCUUUCCUGCCGCAGGUCGAGGAGUCCGUGACUGACUUGCAGCGCUUCAACUCCGUGGUGACCCUGAGCGGCUUCCAACCAUUCAAAUCGGCGGUGGUUGCUUUGGAAAACAUCAAUGCGGUGUCCGAAGGUAUUCUGCCUGAAGACCUGAACCUUUUCUUGGAGGGGGCGCUGCCAAAGCGUAAGAAGCGCAGCAAAUGUACCCUGGGCGUGUUGGAUCCCAAGCUGGGGGCGGCCAUCAGCGAGGCCCUCGAGAUACCAUGCUCACACACUGGUGCUGUUCCCGAGAUUCUACGAGGUAUCCGUCACCACUUCCACGCUUUAAUCAAGGGUCUAACGCUGAAGGCAUGCAGCGUGGCACAGCUCGGUCUUGGCCACUCGUACUCCCGAGCUCGCGUCAAGUUCAACGUGCACCGAGUAGACAACAUGAUAAUACAGUCUAUUGCACUCCUUGAUCAGUUGGAUAAGGAUAUCAAUACGUUUUCUAUGCGGAUCAGAGAAUGGUAUUCAUACCAUUUCCCGGAGCUGAUCAACAUCGUCCCAGAGAACCAAUUGUACACCAAAUGUGCAGAAUUCAUCAAAGACAGGAAAACUUUAAGCGAGGAGUCUGUAGAGCCUCUGACAGAAAUCCUGGGAGACUCGGAGAAGGCCCAGGCUAUCAUUGAUGCCUCAAAAAUGUCCAUGGGCAUGGAUAUAUCACCGGUGGACUUGAUCAACAUACAAAUGUUCGCUGGAAGAGUCGUUGCACUUACUAAUUACAGGAAGCAGAUAUCAGAGUACCUUCACACUAAGAUGGAGUCAGUGGCUCCGAACUUGACAACCCUCGUGGGAGACCAGGUCGGCGCCCGGCUCAUCUCCAAGGCCGGCUCCCUCACCAGCCUCGCUAAGUACCCUGCCUCCACGCUACAAAUAUUGGGUGCCGAAAAAGCGUUGUUCCGUGCCCUCAAGACCCGCUCGAACACACCUAAGUACGGGCUUCUGUACCACUCAACGUUCAUUGGCCGCGCCGGCCUGAAGAAUAAGGGUCGCAUCAGUCGAUACCUCGCCAACAAGUGCUCUAUAGCUUCCAGGAUCGAUUGCUUCUCUGAAAUACAAUCAUCAGUGUUUGGCGAGAAACUGCGCCAGCAAGUAGAAGACCGCUUGAAAUUCUACGAAACCGGUGACAUUCCCAAGAAAAACAUUGAAGUUAUGAAGGAGGCCUUAGACGAACUCCAACAGGCUGUUGACGCCGAAGCCAGUGCCAAGAAAAAGAAAAAAAAGAAGAAGAAGAAGGAAAAAGAGGAAGAAGCUAUGGAUGAGGAUUAACUGUCAAAGUGACAGCUCUAUUUUUAAGUCAAUAGUGUCUAUUUUUUUGAGAUAUAUCGAUGUGACCUCUAUUGCAGUUAAUAAAUUACUUAUAAGGUU